AUGCCCCGUCAUUUGGGUUCAGUCCUCCAUAAGAACCUCCAUGGCUGGAACAUCCGCACGCGCUCCGAGGAGACGCAGACCGACUUGACGCUCGGCUUUGUGAAGGACGAACCGGAGGACCGCCGCACCAAACCCUCCCCCGCCGGCUUCGUGCGGGUGGAUUACGACUCCAUCUUUGCCGCCAAUUCGGCCUUGGCUCCUCGGGAGGCGGCGAGGAAGCUGUUCGACUGCGCACUGUGCGGCAAGACCUUCACCAGCAAGUCGGGGAUCGUCAAGCAUCGGCGCAUGCACUCGGGGCGGGUGGUGGCCUGUCCGGACUGCGGGAAGGAGUUCACGUGUAAUUCGGAGCUGGUGGCGCAUCAGAGGACUCACACCGGCGAGAAGCCUUUCCCUUGCUCCUCGUGCGGAAAGUGCUUCUCCACCAACACCAACCUGGUGGCGCACCAGCGCAUUCACACCGGGGAGAAGCCUUACGCGUGCACCGAGUGCGGGAAGUGUUUCACCAGCAGCUCCGACCUGGUCAAACACCAGAUCAUCCACACGGGGGAGAAGCCGUUCUGCUGUGCGGACUGUGGCAAGGGCUUCACCAGCAAAUCCAACCUGGUCAAGCACCAGAGGAUCCACACGGGGGAGAAACCCUUCCUGUGCGCCGAGUGCGGCAAAGGUUUCGCCAUCAAGUCCAACCUCAUAAAGCAUCAGGUGGUCCACACCGGCGAGAAGCCCUACCCCUGCCCCGAGUGCGGCAAGUGCUUCUCCAACCAAUCCAACGUGGCCAAGCACCAGCGGACUCACUAUGGACCCAAGGUGGUGGCCUGUCCGGACUGCGGGAAGGAGUUCACGUGUAAUUCGGAGCUGGUGGCGCAUCAGAGGACUCACACCGGCGAGAAGCCUUUCCCUUGCUCCUCGUGCGGAAAGUGCUUCUCCACCAACACCAACCUGGUGGCGCACCAGCGCAUUCACACCGGGGAGAAGCCUUACGCGUGCACCGAGUGCGGGAAGUGUUUCACCAGCAGCUCCGACCUGGUCAAACACCAGAUCAUCCACACGGGGGAGAAGCCGUUCUGCUGUGCGGACUGUGGCAAGGGCUUCACCAGCAAAUCCAACCUGGUCAAGCACCAGAGGAUCCACACGGGGGAGAAACCCUUCCUGUGCGCCGAGUGCGGCAAAGGUUUCGCCAUCAAGUCCAACCUCAUAAAGCAUCAGGUGGUCCACACCGGCGAGAAGCCCUACCCCUGCCCCGAGUGCGGCAAGUGCUUCUCCAACCAAUCCAACGUGGCCAAGCACCAGCGGACUCACUAUGGACCCAAGAGAAGGCUCGUUGAAUGACUCCAGGACC